AUCGAUUGUAAAAGUUACACAACAAAACUACAAAAGCAGAGGAAACAUCCUUUUAUUUCGCUUUAUUCAUUCGUUGUUCCCUUUUCAAUUCAUCCACUCUCUAUAAAAAGGAACUUGUCUACUCGCACAAAUUAUAAAAUAUAUAUAUAUAUAAAGAAGCUUUAGAUUUCAAAAAUUCUGAAAUCAAAUCGCCAUGUCAGUGCGUAGGCGUACCUUGCUCAAGGUCAUCGUUCUCGGCGACAGUGGGGUCGGCAAGACUUCGUUGAUGAAUCAAUAUGUGCAUAAGAAGUUUAGUCAGCAGUAUAAAGCUACAAUUGGUGCCGAUUUCGUCACGAAAGAGCUCCAAAUUGAUGACAGGCUCGUCACUCUACAAAUAUGGGACACCGCAGGCCAAGAGCGGUUUCAAAGUCUUGGAGUUGCGUUUUAUAGAGGCGCAGAUUGCUGUGUUCUAGCUUAUGACGUUAACGUCAUGAAGUCGUUUGAUACUCUUGAUAAUUGGCAUGAGGAGUUUCUUAAACAGGCAAAUCCACCUAACCCAAGGACAUUUCCGUUUAUAUUGCUUGGAAACAAGAUUGAUGUUGAUGGUGGGAAUAGUCGAGUGGUUUCUGAGAAGAAAGCAAAGGAGUGGUGUGCUUCAAAAGGCAACAUCCCUUACUUUGAGACAUCAGCAAAAGAGGAUUAUAAUGUUGACGCUGCAUUCUUAUGUAUUGCCAAGACUGCUCUAGCCAAUGAGCGUGAACAGGACAUAUAUUUCCAAGGAAUCCCUGAGGCUGUUUCAGAGUCCGAGCCAAGGGGUGGUUGUGCAUGCUGAUCUGGCAUAUCAAAUAAUUUGACUGACCCAAUGUUUUUGGUUGCGACGUCAUUUUUUGUGGGCCUUGUGAUUCUUUCCUUUUUUUUCUCAUCUUUUUUUGGUUUUGUACACCCUGUUAACUAAGUUCUUGCAAGUUCAUGCUUGACACUGAAAUUGCCAUGUGGAAAAAAGUAGUCUUGUUUUGGUUAGGAUGGACUUCAAGAAUCCGGAAUUGUAGAAACCUAUCUUGGAUUGGUUCACCAUGAGUUAUUUUAAGCAUAGAUUAGGGAAAGAGUGUUUGAACUUGUA